AUGCCGCAGCGCGCGCCGACCACGUCAACCUUGAUGCGUCCAUUCGUGGUGCUAGCUCUGCCCGGGAUGUAUUUGCUGUACAAGUACAACCAGUACCGUCAACAGCAAAUGGAGACCGCGAGGCGUCGGGUCACCGAGCGAGAGCUUAUGCAUCUCAACACUAAAAUCAGCUUAUGGUCUGGUGUGGUAACUUCGUCAAGGGUUUUAUUAAAUGGUGUAGUCUUAAGCCGGGGAUACGCGAAAAGACCCGAUGAUGGUUGUAGACGAGCCAAUGCUGAUAUACCAGAAGAGCCUUAUCAUUGCGAGAGGAGAAAGAAAAAGAAAUCGAACAUUUUGCACAAGAUCAAAUUGAAAAUAAUCGAAGGGGGGACGAAUUUUGGCACUCCAUUUCGUAACGUACAAUGCACGAAGAAGGUUUGCAAAGAAGUGGUGGUUCCUGAACCCAAGGCGCUUCCGCCGCCUGUCAAGCCGGUGCCUCCGAUGCCGGCACCUCGGCCUGGCGUCCAGGUAUCGAUACUUGGGGCGGAUACGUCUUUAGGACAAUACGUUGCGCUGCUUCUCAAACAAUGUCCUUGCAUAAAGAAACUGCGCUUGUACGAAGCGAAUGAACCAAACGAGGAAUGCCACCGCAGUAUAUUUCAAGUGGUUGAGGAUUUGAGGCACAUCAAUACUAAUUGCUUAGUCCAAGCAUUUAGCUGCACUUGUAAUGAACUAGAGAGGUGUUUGCAGAACUCAGAUAUAGUCCUGAUGCUGGAAAAUGGUUACGUUAGUCAAGACCUACCGUUAGAAACGAGAUUUGCCUACAGCGCCCCUCUUGUCAAACACUACACCGAUAUAAUUGCGAAUGAGUGUCCAAAAGCAUUUAUCAUCGUUUGUGCCACGCCUGUAGAUUGCAUGGUGCCCUUGGUUUCAGAGACUCUUAAAGAAACUGGAUGGUAUGAUCCACGAAAAGUGUUGGGUUCUGUAGCCGUACCAGAAAUGCGGGCAACUACCCUCGCUGCUCGGGCCUUAAGCUUAGAACCUAACUAUGUGCGAGUGCCCUGUGUCGGUGGAACCGAGGGAAAUGCUUUAGUGCCUUUGUUCUCAAAGGCAGUAGAAUAUUUCGAGUUCAGUGAGAAAAAUACACUAAUGAUGACGAAAACUGUACGCGAAGCUCCAGCGGCAAUAGCUCGGUCGGAUGGCGAUUGUAUAAAGGCAGCUGAAUUGAGUGAAGCACAUGCUUUGGCUAAUCUAGUAACAAAAGUCGCCUGGGCAUUGCUAGGCAAAGAUGUCCCAAGGGUCAGCGGUUUUAUUGAAACGGACGCUAGACAAAUCAUUUCGCCAGCAAGAUUUAUUGCUAAUACCGUGGAAAUAAUUGAUAAAGGGAUUCUAAAGAGCUUGGGUUUGCCGCAAAUGAAAGAUAUCGAAGUUACCACGCUUAAUUUGGCGCUGAACGAACUGUGUCGCAGACAAGAAAUGGUCGAGGAUUGGUACUGCAAAUAUUGCAGUUCCACUUGCCGACUGGACACUUGCCAGACGCAGUUUUUCGCCCCCAAAGAGUUUCAUAGAUUUGAUGAUUGUGCUUAUGCGAAUAUUUGA